AGCCCUCUGAAUUGCCCUCUUUAACCCACCCCUGCGAGGCGGGAGGAGCCGGAUCCGCACUGCUUCCCGCUCCAGCCCCCGCUCCUGCGGGUGUGGAGGGGUCGGUGCAGGAGCCAAGCCCCGGCUGGAGUGCGCGCGGCUCUGGGCGCCGCGGGUUCCCACCCCUUGCGCGGGGAAGAGCCCAGUCCUACAUCCCGGCUCCCCACACACCUCCUCAGCCCUCCUCCGAUCUCUUUCUGGAUUUGCCCAGCGUUUGGGCUUGAGCCCUGGACCAGCUCCCGGGAAGACAGCACUGGGCUGGACGCCCUCGGAGCCCUUGGCGCCGGCUCGGGUCCUUUCGGAGUCCAAGCAGCCGCGACUCCUCCCCAGGCUCUGGGCUGCGGAUCUCAGCGUCCCCGGGCGAGGAACCCUGCAGAGACCCACAGCGGGAAGCGCCCCUCGCUCGCUCGCGCUCCUGGGACCGCGCUGCCCGGUGAGGACCCCUAGCACCUUCCCGGGGGCACUCACCGCGGCCGCCACCUCCCGCAACAAGCAAGUUUCACCGCUAGAGGAUCCAGAACCCCCAACUUCGUGUGGAAAUGAAUCAAACAGCGGGAGCCUCCAAUAACGUCAGGUGUCCCCCAGGGAAAGCCCACAAGGAGCUGGUGGGGAGUAAUCCGCCACAGAGAAACUGGAAGGGCAUCGCGAUUGCACUGCUGGUCAUUCUGGUCAUCUGCUCCUUGAUCAUCACCUCGGUCAUCUUGCUGACGCCAGUGGAAGAUAAUAGUCUGUCUCAAAAGAAGAAAGUCACUGUGGAAGAUCUUUUCAGUAAAGAUUUCAAAAUCCAUGACCCAGAGGCAAAGUGGAUAAGUGAUAAAGAAUUCAUCUACAGAGAACGAAAUGGAUCUGUGAUACUGUGGAAUGUCGAGACCAAUUUUUCUGAAGUGUUAAUAGAAGGCAAAAAAAUUGAAUCACUAAAAGCCAUCAGAUAUGAAAUAUCUCCAGAUAGAGAAUAUGCACUUUUUUCAUAUGACGUGGAACCGAUAUAUCAACACUCCUACACUGGAUAUUACGUUCUGAGCAAAAUUCCUCAUGGGGACCCUCAGAGUCUGGACCCCCCAGAAGUCAGCAAUGCAAAGCUUCAAUACGCAGGGUGGGGCCCCAAAGGCCAGCAGCUGAUAUUCAUCUUUGAGAACAACAUCUACUACUGCGCACAUGUGGGAAAGCAGGCCAUACGUGUAGUCUCCACGGGGAAGGAGGGCGUCAUUUACAAUGGCCUCAGUGAUUGGCUGUAUGAAGAGGAGAUCCUGAAGACCCACAUCGCGCACUGGUGGUCUCCAGAUGGCACGAGGCUGGCCUACGCCACCAUCAAUGACUCCCGCGUGCCCGUGAUGGAGCUGCCAACCUACACGGGCUCGGCGUACCCGGCAGCAAAGCUCUAUCACUACCCCAAGGCAGGCAGUGAGAACCCCAGCAUCUCCCUCCACGUUAUCGGGCUAAACGGACCCACCCACGACCUGGAGAUGAUGCCACCAGAUGACCCUCGGAUGAGGGAGUACUACAUCACCAUGGUGAAGUGGGCCACCAGCACCAAGGUCGCCGUGACCUGGCUGAACCGGGCGCAGAACGUGUCCAUCCUGACCCUCUGCGAUGCCACCACGGGGGUCUGCACAAAGAAACAUGAGGAUGAAAGUGAAGCCUGGCUCCACAGACAGAAUGAAGAGCCCGUGUUCUCCAAGGAUGGCCGAAAGUUUUUCUUCGUCAGAGCGAUCCCACAGGGGGGACGAGGAAAAUUCUAUCACAUCACAGUGUCAUCGUCCCAGCCCAACAGCAGCAAUGACAACAUCCAGUCCAUCACCUCUGGGGACUGGGACGUGACCAAGAUCCUGUCCUACGAUGAGAAGCUCAAUAAGAUCUACUUCCUGAGCACGGAGGACCUGCCGCAGAGACGCCAGCUGUACAGUGCCAACACAGUGGGCAACUUCAACAGGCAGUGCCUGUCCUGUGACCUGGUGGAGAGCUGCACCUACUUCAGUGCCUCCUUCAGCCACAGCACUGACUUCUUCCUGCUGCAGUGUGAAGGUCCUGGGGUGCCCACAGUGACUGUGCACAACACCACAGAUAAGAAAAAGAUCUUUGACCUAGAAACAAAUGAACAUGUGCAGAAGGCUGUCAGUGACCGACAGAUGCCUAAAAUAGAGUACAGCAGAAUCGAGGUUGAUGACUACAACCUGCCGGUGCAGAUCCUGAAGCCGGCCACAUUCACAGAAACAACCCACUACCCCUUGCUCCUGGUGGUGGACGGCACCCCAGGCAGCCAGAACGUGGCCGAGAGGUUCCAGGUGACAUGGGAGACGGUGCUGGUGAGCAGCCACGGGGCCAUGGUGAUCAAGUGCGACGGCCGAGGCAGCGGCUUCCAGGGCACCAAGCUCCUGCAGGAAGUGAGGAGGCGGCUGGGCCUGCUGGAGGAGAAGGACCAGAUGGAGGCCGUGCGGACAAUGCUGAAAGAGCAGUACAUUGACAAGACUCGGGUGGCUGUGUUUGGACAGGACUAUGGCGGGUACCUGAGCACCUACAUCCUCCCUGCCAAGGGGGAGAACCAAGGCCGGAUGUUCACCUGUGGCGCGGCUCUCUCUCCCAUCACGGACUUCAAGCUCUAUGCGUCUGCAUUUUCUGAGCGGUACCUGGGCCUCCACGGACUCGACAACAGGGCAUAUGAGAUGACCAAGGUGGCCCACCGGGUGUCAGCACUGGAGGGACAGCAGUUCCUGCUCAUCCAUGCCACUGCGGACGAAAAAAUCCACUUCCAGCACACAGCUGAGCUCAUCACACAGCUCAUCAAGGGGAAAGCCAACUACAGCUUGCAGAUAUACCCGGACGAAAGCCACUACUUCCACAGCCCCACCCUCAAGCAGCAUCUAUACCGAACCAUCAUUAACUUCUUCGUGGAAUGCUUCAGGAUGCAGGACAAGCCCCUGACAGCCACAGCAAAAGAGGACGAGGAGGAGGACUAACUGCCCGGCAGCCCUAAGCACAGAUGGCUCUCUCCACAACAAUAUGCAAAGCGGAAUCUCCUGCCGCUCCCUCUUCCCUCUGAGAGUGGGUGGGGCGGAGGUGCGGACCUUCCCUAGCAUGUGUGUCUCAGACUUGGAAGGCAGUUCGGCUUGGGGAGAUGUGACCCCACGCAGCCUGGAACCCCCAUGCAGCAGCAUUGCCUCCUCCUGGCCCCACAGUGACGAGCACAUCCCACAGCCCUCCCCAAGGGACACAGCAAAGGACAGAGGCCAGUGAGGGCCACCUUGGAGCCCCAGGAAGCCAGCCCUUGAGUUUAAGCAUCCAACCAGUAGCAUUAGCCCCUGCCCCUCUGCGUUCAGUGCCACAUUCGGGUGCACCGCAACCCCCUUGGACAGCUCUGCUGUGGAAAACAGGAUGGGGACACAGAGCCCAGGAUUCAGGCAGUGCGUGGUCAGAGCCUGGCCCGCCCCUCCCUGUAAUUAGGAUAUCAACCAAGGGCUGCAGCAAGAAAACAGACCCUUUCUGUAUAAAGUACUACUGUAGCUAUGCUAAUGGUUAGCCAUCUAGAAUUAAUUCAUAUUUUUCUAUGUUUUAACCUGAUGAGCAUUGUCUAUGCUCCUGGGGUUGUUUUGUUGUUCCUCUCUCUCUCUCUCUCUCUCUCUCUCUGCUUUGUUUUGCUCUGCACCUGCCAUUUGUUUGUAUAGAGAAAUAGGUCUGAAGUCCCUGCUCCCUCCUCCCCAUUGUCCUCAGACUUGGUGGUGGCAUUUCAAACAUUGAUGGGGAAACAUUCAGUACUAUCCAGUAACAGGAAACAAAUAAAUCCUCUCUCCCACUGAGCUGCAUUAGGGUUUGUCUGUAGAUCAACAUUGUCUGUUCACGUGUCCUUGAAACUGUCCUUUCCUCCUUGAUAAGCUGUCAAGUCUUGUCUGAUGACAUGUGGUUAAAAAUCAUAAAAAGACAAAGUGUCAGUCCCCCCAGGUGUGCUGAGGAAGCUCUGGUCUCGGUCACAGGAACCCUAAGCAAAGGUUUUGAUGCACCAUCAUGCUCCCCUCUGCACCGGCAGGAAGUGCAACACUGGUCUCUGUCGGCCUUGUAGGAUACACACUGACCGGAUGUACAGCUGCUGUCCCCCGUGUAUAUUUCAUUUUGUUGUAUAUAAGAAAGGAAUGUGUGUCCAGCGUUUGUGAUGUCCCCCCUUGCAUGUGGACACCGUGGCUGAUCUGGACUCUAGAAGUGCUAGUCUGCAAUAUAUCAAUUGCCAUCUUUUCCUUUUGGGCUUGGUGACAACCUGAUUUCCAGCUUCCAGACCUGCUGGGGGUGUCCUUGGCAACCUGUCUACAGAGAAGUGUCCACGACACUUUAUGGUGUCAGGGGUUUUGUUCCAUCCAUAUGAGCUUUGAGCACCAGUUCUGGCCAGGCCCGUGGGAGGAGCUCCAUCCCAGGGUGGCUCGGAGAUGACUCGCGGCUGUUCAUGAGGAGAAGCAGUGUGCUGGCACCAGGACCACUCUGCGCGCUGCCUGGCUGUGCUUUUUCUGUUUCAGGCCCGGACGGGGACACGAGCUCUGGCCCAAGACCUGGUCAGAGGGAUGUGGGGAUGUGGCAUGGUAGCGUCUGUUCAUUCAUGGAAUAAAACAUUAUUUUACCACUC